UUUAUUUGUAUGUGAGUCGAUGAGUCCACCGUCCAUCUGGUAUAAGUGGUUACCGGAGCCUAUAAACAUCAACAAUGAAAUGCCGUCACCUACCUUGAGUUCCUAGGUCUCAGUUUUUACAGUGCAAUUUGAAUGCAAUUUUUUGUAUGGAAGGGAACGAGUGGUUACUUGUUAACUCAACGAAGAGAACACGCGACGACCUGCCCAUUCUUUGUAAAAUAUAACAGCAGUGCAGAGCAGCACUGGCGAUAUUCACGCAUCAUUCAAGCUUAGCCUCGACUCACCGCAUGCUUCGAGCAGCACUGGCACUUGCAAGCUAAUCUCAGCACGGACAACGCUAAUUAAAUGACACGACCUCCAGUUGCCCACUAAGGUUUCUCGCCGGAUCUUCUCAGUGGGUCGCGUUUCCAAUCCGGUGUUAGAUUCUGCGAAACACUGCUCUUGCUAGGGCCAGUUUUGGCAACACUCCCAGCUUGAGCCCCGUGAGCUCACCUACACAUCAAGGAGAAGCUGAAAUAGCCUCUCAAGGCUAUCAGCAUAGGUAGGAAAAAAAGCACCCCCAGUCUCGGAGGAAAUGAUGUGGCGGUAGCCAUCAUACAACGCAAGAUAUUUGGCAGAUGCCUGAAUCUCGCUUACGACAUUUUCAAGAUAAGCUUGCAUAUAAUAUACAAGUCCCGAACAACAACAUUCGGACCGUCGCCGUCGUUCUACCGAGCAAUAUCACUCGCUGGAAAAUCUUUCCUUUGUCGUAUAUAUCUACAGGUUAAUUCCCAGCAUUAUAAUCAAUGGUUAAAUAAUUUUAUAGAAACUUAUUUAAUUAAAUUUCAAUUGCUUUCUUAUGGUUUGGUAAAAUGGAGAUAGUGUCAUCCUCUAUAAUAAUGAGACAUGGCACCGCUUAGAUAUUGGUAUUGAGAGUUUUGGUAGAGAGAGAUAAUAAAAAAAAUUCAAUUCAUAUCACUUCAUUUAAUUAGGAUUCUGUAAUCAAUUUUAUUUUAGUCAAAUCCCUCUUACGUUUCGUAUAUUACAUUUAGUAAAAAUAUUUUAUUUCGAAGGAUUUGGCUGUAUAAGCAAAGGUUACUUUGCCGAUUUCUUAGACAAAGAAAAAAUAUAUUAAAUGAGUGUUAAUUUGAGUUUAUUUUCGUACAAAAUUCCUUAUUUAAUACCGUUAUUUUUAAUUCAUAUAAUUAUUUAAUUAAGAAGCAAUAUAUUAUAUACUGUCCCAACUGUAGUUUAAAUUUCCAAAAAUACAAGUUUGCAUUCUGGGUGAUUCAAAAAUGAAUGAAAAUAUAUCAGAAAUAAAAGGAAGUUCUGACUUUUCCAAACAUGAUUGCGUCUCCUUUUUGAAUCUACUCAACAAAUACGUGAAAGUCAAGCUCUUAAAAAAUUCAGAAUUUGAAGGGUUUAUACGGUGUAUAGAUCCGAUAUCUCAUAGCUUAAUUCUUUCCAUAGCAAAUCACAGCACAUACCACACAGUGGUUGUACCCGGCCAUGCAAUAAUAGAUGUUACAGAAACACAUACAGAUUUGAUACCACCUAUUCAGACACCUGCUAGUUACGUUGAAGACAUUAGUGUGGAUAGAAAAUCUAAUCUAAUAUCUUGGCUGAAAAAGAAUUUGUUGCCAGUUACAGAAGUGAAUGACAAUAUUGUAUUUGGAAAUGUGACGAUAAUUCCUCCUUAUAGUAUUAAUGAUAUUUGUACGGAUAAUACUAUUGUGGCAAUGCAAAUGCGAAAACUAAUUCGACAAAUGCCAUAAUUUUAAAAUUCUUACAAGUUAUGCAAUACAAUUGACAGUUUUGAAUCGAAAACACUGUAACUCGAAAGAUAAUUCAUAUUUUUUAAAUAUUAGAAAUUAUGAAUAGUGAGGACCAUCCUAGCAUCAUAAAAUGUAAUUUAAUAUAUUUUUGUCUAAAUGGUUAAAACUAUAAUGACUAUUAAGAAAUUAGGGUUUUUUGUCUUCAUUGCUUUUUUUCUAAAUAAACACUGCUGAUGUCUCGGUAUUGAAGAUAGUUCAAAUGUAAAAUUAGCAUAAUGCAUACUGCUGGAAUAAAUUGAGGCAUUAAAAAUCUAACUAAAUCUUCUAUUUUGAUUUAGGUCUUCCAAUAAAUUCUUCCAAAAUAUUCAAUACAAAUAUUAUUGAAGGGAGUAGUAAAUGGUUCUUAACGUGUACCUAUUCACCCUCAAUGAAAUCAUUAGUGAUUUGAAACUGUGUCUCUUAGUGAUAUAAUGUCAAGAUUUUAGAACAGCAUGUUUUAAGUAUGGUUUUUGAAAAUAUUUGGUCUUUUUUUGGUAAACCAAGUUGUGAACUUAUGAAUAUUAGGGUAAUUUCACCAACUUCAUUAACUUAUCUUUAAAGAACUGCAAAGGGUUUUUGAAAAAAAUACUAAGAAAAUAAAGAAUCAUAAAAAAAUGCCCAUUUAUGUUUCUUUUCAAACUGUAUCAAACGGUAUCUGGCGUAUCUGCUAAGUUGACAAAACAACAACAACAAAAUCAGCGUGACUUAUACCUCUAUGCCCACAAGACUAUAAACUUUUAAUUUAAUCUGCCGAUCCGAUUGUAUGUUCUAAAUAAUCAUAAAAAAGACGGUGCGCGUGCAACUUGAUGCUCGUGAAAGAAGUAAAACUUCUUUUGUGGUUUUAUUCAUUUUUCAUCUUUAAAUAAAAAUUAUCUUGUAAUAGGGAAUCCUGUGUAUAAGAGAAACGACCUAGCUCACUUUGUCCUUUCCCUUUCUCCAUGUAGAAUUCAUAGAAAUAACAAAUUGAAUGCUGCUAUCCACCUUGAGACGUGAGGUCGAAGUCUAUUGUAUUUUCUAAUUGCUCAUAACCUCAACCAUUAAGCUAUACCAUACCACCAGUGAACUGUAGUUCAAAAGUCGUGUUUUUUAAUAGCGUAAUGAAAAAUUAUUUUGUAGCUUGGUCACUGAUCUGAAUUCAAUCAUUGGUCACUGAAGAAUGCAUUCCUGAUCAAACUGACGAUAUAACUCUUUUGCUUUGUAUUGAAGAUAAAAAAAUUAUCAGUACAUAUAUCAACUUAUAAUAAGUUGUAAUUUUGCAUUAAAUUUAAUUACAUUUAUUCUUUCGGCAGAUUAUCAAUAAAUUGAGUAAUUUGAAACCGUUUUGUGUAAUUUCUGAAUUAUAAUAAAGAUUUGUGGGGAUUGAGAGGAAGCCUUUUCUGUUUGAUUAGUGUUUAAUUUGGUCCUUUCCUGUAGUUGGGUAUCCUGAUAAUUAAAUAUAAAAUGACUACAUACUCACUCGGUAUUCUUAAAUCUCAGGGCCGUACUAAGUAUGCAUAUUGAAGGGCUUUAUUUAGUAUACAGAAAAGUGGUUAAAGAAGAUAAAUCAUCGAUAAUGGAUUUUCAAAUCUUAAUUUUAUUAUAUUUAUUAAAUUAAUUUAUUUAAUUAAAAUUUCAUAAUGUAAUCAGAUACCUAAUAUGUAUUAAUAGGUUUAGGUAUGUAGGUAUUUUCACAAAAAAGUUGUCAUAUUUUACUCUGAAAUUAUGUUUAUAUUUUAUGACAACCGUACAUACACAAUACAAAAUAAUACUUUGAAUUGUGCUUGUCAUUUUUAGUUUAAUCUUUAAUAAUUCAAUACCCACUGUCGUGGCGGUUAUCUAAUUAUGUACAACUAUAUAAAUUAAUUUAAAAUUCUUUAAAAAUGAAAUUUUAUUGGUUGUUAGUUACCUAUUAAUGUUCCUAUUUCUAAUUAAUUAUGAAAAUUAUCUUGCAUAUGGUAAGACUACUUUGAGGCUUAAUGUAAAGUUAGAUAGCUUUGCAUUAUAAAUAUAAGGAUACGCAAUUUUCCAAAAAUGUUAAAAGACUAUAAGGUAAAGGUAUUAAAGGACAUAAGAGUCGACUAUUAUCAAAGCCGGCAAUGUGACUUUUGGACAAUUAUUGGUAAAUCAGAAAAACGAAUUAUUGACUUUGUAUUCCAUUGGCAGUCACAAAACUCUUCUGAACGACAUCUUAGAUAAAUAACAGGUUAAGUUAAAACUUUAUUUAAUUCAGGUUUUGAACCGUAUUCUUUGAAGGAGACGAUUAUAUUCAAAUCAAUCUGUAUUGACAUAUCAAUAACAUUUUUUUUGUCCAAAUGCACAGAUUGCCACCUUUGAUAAUAGACGACUCAUAAGUAGAUAUGUCAAUUUAGAUUUCAUUUUCACGUCAAUCUCCCUCUCGUCUACACUCAUAGUUCUUGCAACUAUGUAUGUACAUGUGUAUACGUACUGUAUAAGUACAAGAACGAGAACUGUGAUAGUAGCAGUUUGUUCAUUUUACACUCGAACAUUUUAUUGUUACAAGACGGAAACUUCACACGUCACCGUGAUGUAAUUCUCAAGACGGUUUUAUUGUGGAAAUUGGUGAUAAGACACCUUUAUUCGCAUAGUCAGUCGCAUUAAAAAUAUUGUUUUGGCAUUUCAGUUACAUUUUAAUUACAAUCAGUGAAAUGGCCGAAUCCACAAAGAGAAAAGUGCAAUAUUUAGCGGGAAUUUGUGCCUCAUUAACAUUUAUGUUUACUGGAGCAACAUUAGCGUGGCCUUCGCCAGCGAUUCCAAAGUUAUCAAGCGGCGAAGCGGGCGUAAAAAUUACUGACGAACAGAUAUCAUGGGUGGUGUCGCUUCAUGGGCUGGGUGCGUUGUUAGGUUCUUACGGCGGUCAAUUAUUGAACGAACGUGUUGGACGUCGCAAAACCAUUUUUGUUUCGUCUGCCCCAGGAAUAUUAGGUGCGAUUAUGAUAUUUUUUAGUAAAAUGCCUGUUGUGAUGUACCUUGCACGUUUUCUCAUGGGGGCGUCGACGGGCGUAAUUGCCGUGGUGACAAUGAUAUAUGUAACAGAAAUAGCCGAUAAGGAGAUUCGGGGCGCAUUAGGUAUGAUAAUUCAAGUUAUGAACAACUUCGGAUGUCUUAUCAUAUAUAGCGUCGGGCCAUUCGUUUCGUAUACUUUCCUGAAUUCGAUACUAAUUACGAUACCUAUAAUAUACGUAUUAGCGUGUUUGUGGAUACCGGAAUCUCCGUAUUAUCACUUAAAAGACGGGCGAAUAGCUGCAGCAAGAAAGGAGUUUAGAGUUUUAAAAGGAUCCAAAAACGAAAAGUGGAUCGAUGAGCAGUUUAACGUCAUACGAAUACACGUGCAGGAAAAUAUGGAGAGCAAAAGCUCUGUGAAGGAAUUGCUAACCAAUACUAAAUACAGGAAAGCCAUUUAUAUUGUUUUGGGCUUGAAGAUCCUCCAAUAUAUGACCGGUAUUCUCGUUAUACAAUCGUAUCUUGAAGCGAUAUUUACACAGAGCAGUUCUAUAUCCGGUCCACUUGCAAGCAUUGUCUAUGGAUUUGUGCAAAUCCUCGCAUGUAUUGGCGCUACGUUUCUAACUAGGUGGAUCGGACGCAGGAUUCUCAUGUUUGUUUCUUGCCUCGGCGUGUCACUGUCAAUGACAUUAGUCGGAUUGUAUUUCUAUCUAAAGGACGUUGUGAAAGUUCAGCCCGAAACAUUGGCUUCUUUAUUUCCGGUGCCUCUAAUUGGCAUAAUAGGGUUUAAUAUAUUAUACGCGAACGGCUUAGGGAACUUACCGUACGUGAUGCAAGUAGAAUUGUUUCCUGUAAACGUGAAGGCUGUCGCGUCCAGUCUCGCGACGAUGUUAGCUUGCGUCUUCAGUUUUGUCGUGACGAAAUUCUAUCAGGUCGUCAAAGAUUCGUUCGGUCACUAUUCCGUGUUUUGGUCCUUCGCUUUUGUUGGUUACGCGGGUUUGUUCUUUGUUUAUUUUUGUGUGCCCGAAACGAAAGAUAAAACGCUGGAAGAGGUACAGGAUAAUAUGGAGAAACGCUCGCCUGAAGAACGGGCUUUGAGAGAGCGAAACAUUGAUGAAUGCGAUCACCGUGAAGAAGCUAAAUAGUUGUUUGUGAUUGGUGUAGAUGUAAAUAUUUUUUUCGGGACGUAUGCAAUGUUCUUGUGUUUAAUGCAGACGCGGCCACGUCAUUGCAAUUUUAUAUUAAAAAAAUAUGUUAGUUAAGAAGACAUGUCUUUACCAUAUAAUAUACUAGCUGACCCGGCAAACUUCGUAGUGCCUCAAUCGAUAAAUAAAAGACGUAAACUUUUGUAUAUAAUAAACAAAAGGAAUCUGACCUACGGGGGGCCACAUCAAAGGAAAAACAAAAUUGUUCUUUUUAUUUAAUUCCGAGUAUUUUCAUAUUUACCUUUUAAACCUUCUCUGGACUUCCACAAAUAAUUCAAGACCAAAAUUAGCCAAAUCGAUCCAGCCGUUCUCGAGUUUUAGCGAGACUAACAAACAGCAAUUCAUUUUUAUAUAAAUAGAUAACAAAAAAACUCUUGGGAACGGAACCCCAAAAAUAAGCCAUUAUUGAGGUUUUUAUGAAAAUUUACGAUCGUUGCUCAAAAUUAAUGACAUGUCCUUCUUCAAAUGAGGCUUGUGGAGAGUAUUUAACGGUAGGCAGUGGCUUGGUUCUGCCCUUGGCAUUGCUGAAGUCCAUGGGCGACGGUAACCAUAAUAACAUAAUAGGUAUGGCGAUGUAGAAUGACGUCAUUAUACAAUAUAGCGUGCUCACUAGGAAGGAACAAACUACAGCGUUUUAACUAUUUCUUAAGAAUAAUUAUUUUAUUUCUUGUUUAUCAACUAUGUAGAUAGUUAUUAAAUCAACGAGCAAGCACGCUAUUUGUGCGUCGAUCAAACGAAAAACAAAAAUCCUCAAAAGAGCGUUAAUUGGUUUUGAAAAAUAGUCAAGCAAAAUACGUCUUUAUAAUCAUACACUUGUAAGUAAAAAGUUUGUAAAUGUUCAAUAAUUUUGUUUCGAAUUAUCUUCAAUUAGUAUUAGUUAAUCGUUCCAGUUUUUUUAAAGAGCAAUCGGUACUUACCUCAUGUUUAUUUACAAGACAUUAGUAGUUUACAAGACAAGAGUAAUUGUUAUACUAUUUGCUUUGCGAAACUGAGCCUUCGAGUGUCUUUACCUGAGUGCCUUUUUACUUUGAGUUUUUUCUAAAAAUUCGGUGUUUUACACUCUCGGAGGAGUGUUACAACGAAUGUUCCAACCUCGCGAUUCUCGUACAUCGAAUGUCACCUUAUGACUAAAAGUCACAAAGGAAGUAGUCUUUUUAAACUCUGCGUCAGCCAACUUCGAGUAUCAUAUAGACCACAUACUGAUACAUUGUGUAUAUUUCUAUUCAAUAUAUACGUAUGUACACGUGCCAAUAAAUAUUGUUCUUUCGUGUUUUU